CACGGGAACAUUUGUUUCUUGGUGCUCGCUGAGGUGGGGGGGGGACUCGGCGAGAGCCCGCCGCUCAGAGGCUGCCUCUCACUGGAAGGAUGCAGACGGUGAAAGGAGAGAUUCCACUACAGUUAAUUAAGGAGCACUCCGCACGUGCCUAUAAACGCGAAGGGGCAAAUGAAUUCAGUGUCAGUGGGAGCAGCUCCUCAAGGGGAAGCAGUGAUAUUUCAAAGGUGGAAUUGAAAGAGCUGUAAAUCUAUUUCCUGACUCCGGCUUGACGGUCAUUUCUGAAUCACUGGACUGUUGCUAUCAAAGUGCGGAGCGGGGAGGCAGAGUCACUGGAGUUCCCUCCUCGAGCUAAAUUCAGAGUUAUUGGAUGGGAUCAACAUGAGCGGCAUUAUGGAUGGAUUUAUGUCAUUCUGUUGAGAUAUUUAUAUACUCUUUGUUGGGUUGCUCAGAUGUGUCCUGUCAUGUCCUGGCUGCUCUGCCUGUGCCUCUGGGUCAGCGUGACUGCUAUUCAGCUGUGUCAGGCCACUUUCUACGACACCAUCCAACAGCAUCAUGGGACGAGGCCCGGACGGACCACCAUCCACACGAUCGAGGGGGGCACAUGUGAAGUAAUCGCUGCUCACCGGUGCUGUAAUAAGAAUCGUAUUGAGGAGCGGUCACAGACGGUCAAGUGUUCUUGUCUCCCGGGGAAGGUGGCUGGAACCACCAGAAACAGACCCUCAUGUGUCGACGCAUCCAUAGUAAUUGGGAAGUGGUGGUGUGAGAUGGAGCCUUGCCUGGAGGGGGAGGAAUGCAAGACGCUCCCUGACAACUCGGGCUGGAUGUGUUACGCCGGCAACAAGAUCAAAACCACAAGGAACACUCAGCCAUACACAACAUCAACAUAUUAACACUUGGCGGGAAGGAUGCAAGGGAACGCCUCUGGUGGAAAGGUUAAUCUGCAGGUCAGCCUCUUCAUUUAUACCGGGACACACACCGCGCCGUCACAGGACCAAUUAUCACAAAGACAAUGAACCUAUUGUUGCUCUCAGAAAUGUGAACACUUCUCAGAUUAAAGUGUAAAAAGAUGUAGAAUACAUAAAGCACAUCCCGCUCAAGGCUACUGAAAAUACUGACGCUCCAAGAUGCCUGCGGGGAACUUCAUCAUAACCUUGUAAUGAAUAUAUUUUCAUCGUUUCUUUCCGACUUUGAGAUGGAACGUGAAUGUCUGUGCAUUUGAAUUAAUCUCUGGAGAGCAUCCGACGUCCCUCCUCAGACAUCAGUUAAGACAGAUGUUCACUACGAAGCACCAAAUGGGAGAGGAAUACAUCAAAGGAUGCGGGAUGAGCAAGUACAGUAGUUGACAGCCCUCAGGUUUUUCUUCUUUUUUUUUUUUUUUUAAAUACUGUAAGAGGAAAAAUAUUGUACAUAAAUUGUUUGUCCUUU